AUGGGACCGUUCACAAAACCACCCAGCAUCUGGAUGCAUAAGGAAACAGAGAUGCCCGUGGGUGCCCUGGCAGAUGAGAAGAUCAGGGGAUGGAGGCCAGGGGAUAGGGGUGCAGUCCACUCCCCUCGGCCCCCAGCCCUUUCCUUCCUACUCCUCUUGCCUCUGGCCAGUGCCCUCCAGCCCACCCCACUGACCUUUCCAGGUAGCUCACCCCUGUCCUCUGAGCUGAGGCUGGUGGGGGGGCCCAGCCGCUGCCGCGGGCGCCUGGAGGUCCUGCAUGGGGGCUCCUGGGGCAGCGUCUGCGAUGACGACUGGGACGUGGUGGAUGCCAACGUGGUAUGCCGGCAGCUGGGCUGUGGCCUGGCGCUACCUGUGCCCAGACCCCUCGCCUUCGGCCAGGGCCGCGGUCCAAUCUUUCUGGAUAAUGUCGAGUGCCGGGGGCAGGAGGCGUCGCUGAGCGAGUGUGGCAGCCGUGGUUGGGGAAUCCACAAUUGCUUCCAUUACGAGGAUGUGGCGGUGCUGUGUGAUGAAUUCCUACCCACGCAGCCCCCGACGAGGAAAAUACUAACCAGCAGGACAUCCUUCACAACUCCCCAGAAUGGGAGAGGCGAGGGCAGCGUGCGCCUGGUGGGCGGCGCAGGCCCGUGCCAGGGCCGCGUGGAGAUCCUGCACGGCGGCGUGUGGGGCACCGUGUGCGACGACGACUGGGGCCUGCCGGACGCCGCGGUGGUCUGCCGCCAGCUGGGCUGUGGCGCGGCGCUGGCCGCCACCACCAACGCCUUCUUCGGCUACGGCACGGGGCACAUCCUGCUGGACAACGUGCACUGCGAGGGCAGCGAGCCCCGCCUGGCCGCCUGCCUGAGCCUCGGCUGGGGCGUGCACAACUGCGGCCACCACGAGGACGCGGGCGCGCUUUGCGCAGUCCUAGGUCCCCCAACUGUCACAGCACUGCCACCCUCUGCGACCAGAGAGAAAUGGGCCUGGCACACAGAACCACAGGCGACAGGCGUGGCCGCCCAACCUUCCAGGGAGACAACUCUGUCCACCACAGCGGCCUGGGCGUUGGGGAAGAAAAGCGGGCGACUGCGGCUGGUGGGCGGCCCGAGCCCGUGCCGUGGCCGCGUGGAGGUGCUGUACGCCGGGGGCUGGGGCACCGUGUGCGACGAUGACUGGGACUUCGCGGACGCGCGUGUGGCCUGCCGCGAGGCGGGGUGCGGGCCCGCCCUGGGCGCCACGGGCCUGGGCCACUUCGGUUACGGCCGCGGCCCCGUGCUACUGGACAAUGUGGGCUGCUCCGGUACGGAAGCCCGCCUGAGCGAUUGCUUCCAUCUGGGCUGGGGCCAACACAAUUGCGGCCAUCACGAGGAUGCGGGAGCGCUGUGCUCAGGCCCAGAGGAACUAGGACUGCAACUCCAGCAGGAUGGUUUCGAGACCACCCGGGUGCCCACUCCUCGGCCUAGGGAUGGACACCUACGUCUGGCCAAUGGGGCCCACCCAUGUGAGGGGCGCGUGGAGCUCUUCCUAGGGCAGCGAUGGGGCACCGUGUGCGAUGAUGCCUGGGACCUGCGGGCUGCAGGUGUCCUUUGCCGCCAGCUAGGGUGUGGCCAGGCCUUGGCUGCUCCCGGGGAAGCCCACUUUGGCCCCGGCCGGGGCCCCAUCCUCCUGGACAAUGUCAAAUGCCAAGGGGAUGAGAGUGCCCUGCUGCUCUGCUCUCACAUCCGCUGGGAUGCCCACAACUGUGACCACAGCGAGGAUGCAGGAGUCCUAUGCCAGCGGUCGUGACCUCCCACAGCAGCCCCGCACACCUUCCCUUCCAUGUCAGAACUGUGGCCCACCCUUCCUCCUGGAAGCCUUCCUGGAAGACCGUCCCUCUGCAGUUUACCCCUCAGCCCCUGAUCUGGGGGAAAAAAACCCACCCAGACAGUGUGAUCUCGCUUGAGGGAACCUGGCUGCACCCUUUCUGUGCGUGACCUCAACCUCUCAUCCACCACUGUUGGUCCAACUCAGUGAAAGUUCCAUGUUCUGCUCAGCCAUAACAGAAGGUGGAAACAGGGAAUGUCUCCCUCUCCUCUUAGGUGGUGCUCCUGUGGCAGCACCCCAAUCCUGGAGGGUUAGGGGAUUUCUGUGAAUGAGGUGUCUCCUUCCCUUGUUCC